GGGAGGUAUGAGCAGGUAUAUUGCAGUAGUGAAUGGUGAAGUGGACGUGAAUGGACUGACGUUUGCGGAGGAGAGAGAGAAAGAGGGAGCGAGCGAGGCAGACUGGACUGUGCUGAGUCUGGGUUCUGCAGACAGAAAGGAGGCCAGACAGAGAAGGCUGGACUCCGGUAUUGUGCGGCUGACUCAGCGCCUCUCGCUGAAGGACAGGCACUGGAAACAGGAGAAGAGUCUGCAGUGCACACCACCAGCCUACAGGAGGCGCUCUCUCAGCCUUGACUGGGCGGAGUGUAAGAUGACUCAGCAGGUUCCAGAGUCGCGGGGGCCGAUGGUGCGGAAGUGUUCCAGUGUGUCAUGCUCAUCACCCCCCAGCGCGGCCCGCAGGCUCUACAGGAACCUGUCAGGAAAAUUCCGCACUAACCCUGGAUCAGAUGACACCGCGGCCGCUGGACGAUCCGACAGGGAGCACAUCCGCAAGGCCACCGCGCUGCAGGGUAACGGUGUGUUGUUUGAGGCAGUGGAGCAGCAGGAUCUGGAGCUGGUGCAGACUCUUCUGAAGGAGUUCAGCGCUGAGGAACUGGACCUAAACACUCCGAACAGCGAGGGGCUACUGCCACUGGACAUCGCCAUACUCACCAAUAAUGUCCCAAUGGCCAAAAUACUGCUGCAGUCAGGAGCUAAAGAGAGUCCACACUUUGUAAGUCCAGAGAGCCGUGCUGUGCACCUGGCCGCUCUGGUGCAGGAGGCGGAGCUUCGGGUGUCUGAACUUGUUGCCCAGGUAACAGGGGCAGGGCCAGCAGAGAGGGAGGAGUCAGACAGGGAGAGACAGCUGAAGGCCUGGGAGUGGAGGCUCCGCCUUUAUAAACGCAUGCAGACUGGAUACACACACGCCAGCCCCCCAGACCCCCCCAGCAGAGUGUGUGUUUGUGUGACCAGCUCCUCCAAUCUCAGAGUUCAGUUCCAGGAGCCGCUCUGCCUCAACUCCGCCGUCGUCACCAAAUAUCGCGUGGUGUGGAGUAGUUCUCCAUCCUUUUCUCCUCCACUGGGUGAGCUGGUUGUUGAGGACACAAGUCUACUGCAGUGUGACAUCACAGGACUAACAGCAGGUGUCCCCUACUACGUCCAGGUGUUUGCUUACAACAUGAAGGGAUGGAGCGCACCUCAGGCUUCUGUACCGGCCUGCGCUACUCCAUCCAGUUGGAGGGAUGUGGACGGUCGAACACCGAGGCUGCGCGGCCUGCGGGAGGCGCUGGACCAGAUCCUGGAGCAGAUUAAGGAGGCGCACCAGCAGUGCGCGUGUCACGAUCAGUGUAAAGGUCCUCCGAAUGUGCGGAAACACUCUGUCUCUAAAAGCCUGAGACAUCUCUUCCAGCCCACCAGCAAAUUCGUCAAAAAUCUAAAAAGAGGUGUGUAUGUGGCCUGUGUGUUCUACAGGGAUGAUAAUGUUUUGGUCACUGCGGAGGAGCAGCUACCCGUAGUGGAAGUGGACGAUUCUUACAGCUCUCUCACGCAGGACUUCCUGUGGUUCACUAAGGUGUCGUAUCUGUGGGAGGAGAUCUCCUGGCUGCAGCAGUGUGUGGGUCCUGCUCAGCUUUCCUGCUCCUGCACUCUACAGACACGCCUCAAAAUGCUGCAGGCCCUCGCUCACCUACAGGCUAUGUUGGGCACUCAGGACUUGGGGCAGGUGUAUUUUGAGCCUGUGAGGGAUAAGCAUGGUAACGCCCUGCUGGUGCUGCUGAGGGAGGUGGAAGGAUGUGCUCUGGAAGGCCUGCGCUGGACUCCACUCAGCAAACUGCAGAUCCAGCGCAAAUCCAUCUCCUCUCCUGAUGAACCUACUGCCCUCGACACCCUCCUCAUCACCCUGCAUGAGAAGCUGGCGUACCACAGGCGCAGCAGGAAGCUGCUGGCCCCCGGGCUGUAUCUGGGCUAUGUGAAGCUGUGCAGCUCAGUGGAACAGAUCAGAGUGCUGGUGCCCCACAAAAUCCCCAACGUCUUCUGCCACGUCAAAAUACGCGACAACGGCCAUGUCUCCAGGGAGGAGUGGCAGUGGCUGCAGUCUGUGCGUUCACUGGAAGACACAGUAGAAGUGUGUGCUGAUGAGCAAAGCGCUCCACAUCGCUUCCUGCUGGAGUUACGUAACGCCGCCAAAGAACUGCUCGGACGCAUUAAUAUUCCCAACAAUCAGGCACAGGACUUCCGUGUGUAUGUUCAAGAGGUGAUUGAACUUGGGGAGAGUGUGUCCUUCCUGUUGCUCCUCCCCCCAUGUGAGGAGGUGUGUACACCGCCCGGACAAAACAACCCCUACUCCCCCCGAUCCGGAUUCUUCACCCUACCGCUGCAGAUCUUUGAGCUGGUUCAUUUUGAGGCAUACUGCCCCAGUUUUAUCAGCCAGUACUGCCGUGCGUCCGCCGUUUUGGGGCUGGAGUCUCUGAUGUCCCAGCAGGCUUUGCGAGAGGCUUUCUCUGAGUCUGAGCUCCUCACAGCGAAACAGAAGCAUCACAAAAUCCAGGAGCUCUUACAGCAGAUGGAAGAGGUUUGGCGGGAGGCUCGGUGGAUGGUGGAGGUUCUUCAGUGCGCUCGCUAUAAACAGCAGCCUGCAGGUGUGAGUCUCGGCUCCAUCAUCGACUUCACCAAAGAGAGCGUCCCCGAGAAAACACCCUCUACCUCCUCUCAGCCUGACUACCUGCCCUCACCUGUCCCCUCACCUUCCUCCUCACCGCACACUAGCCGAAAACACCCUGCUCUGUCAGAUGAUGAAUGUUCGUUGGAGGUCUUCCUCACCACAGACAGUGAUUACGGCUCCAGUAGAGCUCAGAGCCCACGGGAACUCGACCUGCUGCCCUCCUGUGUCUCCUUCACACACACACUCCUACACACACUCUCCAUCGUACUCACACACCUCCGCCCGCGCUGACCCCAGCCAGCCUGAUGUCCUGCAGACGGGGGGUGGGGUCCGGGGGGCAGGGCUGGAGAUGAUUGACAGUGACUUUGUCCUGCCGAGUCGUCAGAUAGAACUGUUGCGGAUCACGGAGAAGAGAACGGCGCUGUGCGUCCGAACCAGCAGCCUCGAGUACCCGCCCCC